AUGCUUUCUGUACAGGUAAAAACAGCGGACAAUUGUUCCACCAUAGUGGUACUCAUUUAUUUCUUUCUCUUGCUCUUUCUUUCUUUUUUACAAUCUUUCUUUUCUUCAUUUUUUUCUUUCUUUUAUUCCUUUCCUCCUUUCCAUUCCUAUUUAUUUUAUUUCUUUUCUUCUUUCUUUGUUUCUUUCUUUCUACUUUCUUUCUUUCUUUCCUUCUUCCUUUCUUUCUUUCCUUCUCUCUUUCCUUCUUUUCUUGAUUUCCUUCUUUCUUUCUUUUUCUUUCUUUCUUUCUUUCUUUCUUUCUUUCUUUCUUUCUUUCUUUCUUUCUUUCUUAGACUUUCUUUCAAUUUCGUAUGUUUGAAGGCCAAUUCUUUCUCUUUUUACAUUUAUUUCUUUUCUAUCAUUAUUACCUUCCAUAUUCAUUCCAAACAAACAAGAAAUUUCAGUCCUCCCUACCGGUCGUCUUUCAUACCGGUCGUCCUUUCUACCGGUCGUCUUUCAUACCGGUCGUCCUUUCUACCGGUCGUCUUUCCUACCGGUCGUCCUUUCUACCGGUCGUCUUUCCUACCAUCCUUACAGUCUCCUAAUCUUUUCUUUUUUCAUUGGUCCCUUUCCUCCUCCAUCAUUCUAUUCGUCACAUUUUCCAUUAUCGAUUCUCUCAUUAAUUACUUCAUUCCAGAUUUCUUUUUUUUCCUUCCUUACAAUAUAUAUCUCCUUCCAACCACACUUUUUUCGUCCUUCCUACCGAACAUGUUCCUGAUUUCUUCCCUUCUUUUUCCACAUUUUCCAUCCUUAAAUUCUUUUCUUAAUUCGCCCCUCUUUCCUUUCCUCUUUACCGACCGGCCUGCUUUUUCCCUUUUAGCUUCUUUACAACAUUAA